AUGACUUCAAAAGGAUCACAAGAAGAAUACGACUAUUUAUAUAAAAUUGUACUCAUUGGUGAUAGUGGUGUUGGCAAAUCAAAUCUUUUAUCCAGAUUCACACGUAAUGAAUUCAGUUUAGAGACCAAAUCAACCAUUGGUGUAGAAUUUGCAACUAGAACUAUUCAAACUGAAGGUAAAACUAUUAAAGCUCAAGUGUGGGAUACUGCAGGUCAAGAAAGAUAUAGAGCAAUUACAUCUGCUUAUUAUCGUGGUGCAGUUGGUGCAUUACUUGUAUAUGAUAUUGCAAAGCAAGCAACUUAUAAGAGCGUUGAAAGAUGGAUUUUAGAAUUAAGAGAAAACGCUGAUCGUAACAUUGAAAUUAUGUUGGUUGGUAACAAGAGUGAUUUAAGACACUUACGUGAAGUUUCAACUGAUGAAGCCAAAGAAUUUUCAGAAAAACAUAAACUUACUUUUAUUGAAACAUCUGCACUUGAUUCAAGCAAUGUAGAAUUAGCCUUCCAAAAUAUUUUAACUCAAAUUUAUCACAUUAUGAGCCGUCCAAGCCAUUCAACUGGUCCACAAACUACAAUUGAUUCAAACACCGAAACCAUUAUAUUACCAACCACCUCUGAACCACCAGCCGCCAAAUCUGGUUGUUGUUAA